UGUCGGGCAUGCGCGACAUCACGAAUUUUACAAGUGAUUUUGAAACGAUGGACUUUUUCGCGGAGAAAAUUGUUAUAACAUACUCUAAUACGAACCUAAAUUUCGAUUACAGUGUAUAAAUACUCGUGUGUACCAAGUGUUUGUGUUUCAAAUUGAUUUGUGCAAGGAAGUGUUACUUCUCAAAGGUCAGUUUCUGAAAAAGGUAACACAGCCAUGUGAGAAGUGCCUCAGCACUGCCAGUGAAGUGUUUAGUGAUUAGUGUCGCACUGUAAAAGUGCAGUAGUGUGUCAAAGUGUGUGCAAGUGAGAUGAGAGCGGAAGAGACUUGGACAGUUUGUGUUACGACAGAGGUCGAAGAUUGAUUAGGAAUUCAAGAUGGCCCACUUCCCCCAACCAACAUCACUCGAAGCGGCCUUACCUCUUAUGGUGAAGCCAGACCUGCGCCUGCGCCAGCUAUUGGGAGAGCAGCUGCCAGCCCUAGUUCGGAAGGAACCGUUUAUUGAGCAGGAUAUAGCUGCGCAGUUAUUGGACGCGCUGGUCCACUGGCUCAAUGGGGGCAACUUCAAGGUGGCCCAAAACGGGCUGGAGACGAUUGCGGCGCUCUCCGAGCGGCUGGGACCAGAUUUUUCCUGCUACGUGCCUACAGUACUGCCGCACAUUAUCGACAGGCUGGCGGACACAAAGGAAGGCGUCCGCCACAUGGCGCGAGUCUGCAUCGCGGCCCUCGGAGAGAGUCGCGCCGCCCCGCCCCGCGCGCUGCUAGCGCGCCUCAUCCCCGCGACUCAACACAAGGCUCCUCACACGAGGGAGGAGGCAGUUAGGACGAUACAAGCAUUAUUAGACACGCACGGCGUGCAAGAGCUACAGCUCCGAGCGGCCGUACCCAACCUCGCCGCGCUUUUAGGCGACCCUAGCAGUGCGGUGAGAGAUGCAGCGAUGCAACUACUGGUCGACAUGUAUAGACAUGUUGGUGAAAGACUGAGAACGGACUUGAAGAAGAAGGAAUUGGUGCCGGCGCAGAAACUGGCGCUGCUGGAACAGAAGUUUGACGAGACCCGGGAAGCGGGUUUAUUACUGCCCACAGCGAAUGCUGGCCUGGACGAGGCGGACUUCGUGUCGCGGACGACGGCGCGGCGCCAGUUCGCCAUCCCCACCUCCGCGCGCUCCCGGGACGGAGACUACUCAGGGCCCUCCACGCCAGCGUGUGAAGUACCAAAGAGGACAGUUCCCGGGUUAUAUAGUUUACCAUCAGCAAGUAGAAAACCGCCGCCGCCGACGAAACUGAAUAGUGCUACUAGUGUAUCGUCGGGGCAGAGCGUCCCCGGCGGCGAGGCGGGCGCGGUGUCGUGCGAGGCGUUCGAGGCCGCCUUCGCCGCCGCCGCGCCCGCCGCCGUCUACGGCCCGCGCGGGCUCGACGACCUGUGCCGCCACGCCGCCGCGCUGCUGGGCGACAAGGCCGCCGAGUGGGAGAGGAGGGUCGACGCUCUCAAGAAAAUCCGGUCUCUACUGACAGCCAACGCGCAUGCGCAGUACCCUACAGAGUUCGCUGCGCAUUUGAAGGAGCUCUCCGUGCCUUUUCUGGUCGUCAUCAAGGAUUUGAGGAGUCAGGUGGUGCGGGAAGCGUGUAUCACCAUCGCGCACAUGGCUAAAGUGCUCAAGAACAAACUGGAACAGUUCAGUCUGUACAUACUACAGGAACUUAUUAACCUCAUACAGAAUGCUGCCAAGGUGGUGUCAUCAGCGGGCACAGUGUGCGUCCGAUACAUUGUGACGUAUGUGCACUGCCCUCGCCUAGUGCCCGUCAUAGCAACUAAUUUGACUACGAACAAGUCCAAAGAGAUUCGGUCUACUUUAAGUGAAGUCCUAGUGCUAAUGCUAGAGAAAUGGUCGCAACCGGCCAUAGAGAAACAGCUGCCAGUUGUGCGAGACGCGAUACGUCGCGCCUGUAUAGAUGCAGACAGCACCGCCAGAACCUUCGGACGCAGAGCGUACUGGGCGUACAAGCGAGCGUUUCCCGCCGACGCCGAGCAGUUGUUCGCUCGCCUCGACGCCGCCGCUCAGAAACAACUGGAAAGGGAACGAAACGUCGGCAGCGUCGAUAGUCUACAGCACGUCGGCACUGAAAGGCGUACGAUCACCAGUCCACGCAGCCCGUCUGUCAGCGUGUCAGAUCGAUCACCAAGCGGAGCCGCAGCGCGUUCAGUAUCCGCCGUGGACGCAGCCGCUGCUCAACGAGCCCGCGCGCGCGCUCUCUACUCACACAUGACGCGAGCCAAGAUGGCCGCCGGCACUGCUAGUUUGCCCCGCGCGAAGAGGUCUCCACAGAGCAACAGCGGCGUCCCGCCGAGCCCCGAGAGAGUGGCCGGCCGGUCGCGCUCCCGCCCUGGUGUUUCUCAGUCACAACCUACUUCUCGGUCAUCAUCGCCCUCAUCUCGAACGUCUGGGCCGCUCUCAUUGGCUAGCGCUCGGCGCAGGCCUUCGGGGAUCCCAAGGUCACUCGCCGGCUCCAGGGAAACAAGUCCUACCAGAUCGGGUAGAUCCAGCAGCGUCGUAGGCUCCGCUAUCAGAAGGCGCGAGUCCGUGGAGAGGACGACCCGCGCCCCGUCGGCCACGCUCAGGUUGCUGCAGCAGACUAGAGACGCGGAGGGAGUGCUAAGGAGUCCAGAAGACAGUUCCGCGUAUGACAGCGGUCGGCGUGACGACGAUUCGGAAGCUUCCAGCGUCUGCUCGGAGAGAAGCUUGGACUCUUAUAGAAGACAUGACAGCGUGUCGUGGUCAGGGUCCGCAUCACGACUUGGCUGGGAAGGCUCGCCGCCGCCGCCGCCCCCGGCCGACGAGAUCAUUGCUCUGUGCGCCAGCACGCACUGGACCGAGCGCAAGGACGGCCUCACACACUUGGCCAACUACCUGAACUCCGGUCGCCUCCUCACCGACUCGCAACUCCGCCGCCUCACGGAACUCCUCAACAAGAUGUUCGUGGACGCACACACUAAGGUGUUCAGCCUGCUGCUGGACGCCGUCUGUGAACUGCUGCUGGUCCACUGGCAGCAGCUGAAGGACUGGCUGUACCAACUGCUGUUCAGGUUACUAAUGAAGUUAGGCACGGACAUCCUAGGCUCCGUACAAAGCAAGAUAAUGAAGACGCUUGAUGUUAUACACGAAUGUUUUCCGCCCGAGUUGCAGCUGCAUAACAUAUUCAGGUUUUUGGCGGACGGCGCGACCGCCCCGACAACUAAGACAAAAGCGGCAGCGCUGAAAUUCCUAGCGUCGCUCGCGCACGACUAUUGCACGCCCAACGCUUGCGCGCAGGCAUUACAAGGUGGCGCCACAGGCGUGGCGGGUCGAGCUUUAGUGAAAGUGGCGGGGCAUGCGCAAGAUCCCCGCGCGGCGGACAUCAGGCUUAAUGCUAGACGCGCGCUCGCUGCCCUCUACGAUUGUAACCCAGUGCCUUUCACGGCGCUAAUGAGCGAACUUUCGCCGGACACACAGGCCCUAGUCAACGGAGUCUUGCAGCAACACGUCAGGAGGACCUCCAGCACCGGCAGCGACUCUCCACUAAGGACGUCCUCAGCGACGCCGAAUUCGGGCACCGACGACGUUCAUUCACGUAUCAAAAGGACCACCACUGAGAUUCACACGUACACUGCACAACAUGCCAACGCAGAGUGCGGCAACCACAUGUCGAGCAAAGACUCCGGCAUCAGUCAAAUGUCCGACGUGACUCUCUCAAACAAAGGAGUCAACGGGGUACCCAAUGGACAUUAUAACGCUGAAACCGCUCGUGCCGCGUCCGCGGACAGUUCGGAAGAGGCCACCAGCACUAAAGAGUCUUCUCCCGUGCCCCAUCAUCACAGGUUGGACCUGCCGCCUCAUGGGGACUACAACUCGGCGCUAUGUCGCGACAAGAUGAAACCGUACGAGACUGACGAAAAUGGGUUCCUAAUAACCAAAUCUGGCCUUCGCGAGCAAGAGGUCUUAGAAGCUCUCUGUCAAUUGGACACGCAACAUGCGCCUCCAGAACAGUGGGAGCGACUAUUGCUCGCCACACACGAAAUACUCAAAUAUGGUGACUGCCGCAAGCCUUCGGAAUAUUUCAAGAACAUAGUGCGAGUGGCGUUGGCUACUUUAGCGGUGGAUGAGAACGCUGGAGAUAAGGAGAAUUCUGAAAACGCGUCGAAUGCUCAACAGUCCUCAGGUUGGGCGACGGCGAACGAGCGCGCGGCCGCCGAGGCGGUGAAGGUGCUGAUCUGGCUCUGCCGCCGCCCCGAGACGCGGCCGCAGUGGCUCGACUACUUCGACCUCAUCCUGCUCAAGCUCAUCAACGCGUACGGCGCGCUCAGCAAGGAGGUCAUGCGCGCCGUCGACCACGGCCUGCCGCAUGUCGCGCAUGCGCUGCCCGCCGCGCAGGUGCUAGCCCUUCUGAAGCCUGUGAUCCGAACUCGCGGUUACCCGACCUCGCUCUGCGCGUUAAAGUUAGCGGCCGAGGUCGCCAAGGCGAGGAGCAACGAACUCACGGACGAUAUCGUCGGACAACUCAUGGAUGGAGUUUCACAAUUGGCCGACCACCAAAACUCGGCAGUUCGCAAAGCGGCCAUUUUCUGCAUGGUGGCGUUUACGUUCGCCCUCGGCGAAGAGAGGAUGAAACCGCACUUGAAGCACCUGUCCGUCAGCAAGUGUCGGCUACUGCAGGUGUACAUCAGCAAACACCGCGACGAGGCGGGUGGCGUCAGGGGCGCGGCGCCCAGCACGUAGCGGCGGCGUCGGCGCGCGCACACCACCACCCGCGCCACGCAGACCAACGAGUAACGCCACUGUCCCGCAUAGGUGACACCAACCCCACUGUCUUGUAUACACGACAAUGGGUAGCCAGUGUCCUGUAUAGAC